UUAGCAUCUGAUAUUUAGUUUGGCUUUCCCUUUUCAAUUAUGUGAUUUUAUAUCACGUAAACGUUUUUCUUAGAGAUUGCAUAGUGGUCAAAAGUGCUUUCCGUUGUACCUAAAUGCCCUCACGAUAAUAUUGAGUUACUUAUAACUCUGGCGAGGGUCUGACACGAUUUAAAAGUUAAACUUCCUUCUGUUGUAUAAAAUAAUGUUUAUUAGCAUUAAGAGAGGGGUUUCUCGAUUGUUGAAUGCAAACGUGCAUAUCGCCGUGUUGAAAUGAGUCAUUCAUGCCGGCCCAGAUGUGAUGGCUCCUGGAAAGCGUGCGAGGAGGGAAGAGGUGCAGUUGGGCUGUGAGUGGGGACCGUGCCAGGCCACUUUCACCAGGAUGGAGGAAUUCUGUCAGCAUGUGGGGGAACAUCUGGAAUCUCUGCAGCUGGAGGCCGAGGAGAGCGAGAUGCUGGAGGAGCGCAGCUGUCUGUGGCGGGACUGUGGGUUCUGCUCGCUGGAAAACCCCACGGAGCUGGUGAGGCACAUCUAUUUCCACUGCUACCACACCAAGCUGAAGCAGUGGGGCCAGAGCAUCCUGAAGAGCCAGCCCGACCUGGGCACUUGCACCCUGGACCUGCAGAACCGCAACAUCGUCCCCGAGAUCCUGGAUAAAUUCCUGUGCCAGUGGGAGCACUGUGAGCAGGCCUCCUUUGAGAACCCGGAAUGGUUCUACCGCCAUGUGGAAAUGCACGGCCUGUGUAUGGAGCUCAAGUCCACCAGCAAGGAGGAGCCUGUGCUGCGCUGUGGGUGGAAAGAGUGCGAGGCGACCUUCAAGGGCCGGUUCAAACUGCGAGAGCAUCUGCGCAGCCACACCCAGGAGAAGGUGGUGGCCUGCCCCACCUGCGGGGGCAUGUUCGCCAACAACACCAAGUUCUUCGACCACAUCCGCCGGCAGACCACCAUCGAGGGCCAGCGGUUUCAGUGCUCUCACUGCUCCAAGCGCUUUGCCACAGAGAGGCUCCUUCGGGACCACAUGAGGAACCACGUGAACCAUUACAAGUGUCCCUUGUGUGAGAUGACCUGCCCGUCCCCCUCUUCCCUCAGAAACCACAUCAAGUUCAGGCACAGCAACGAGAAGCCCUACAGCUGCGAGUACUGCGAGUACAGCUGUAAGAACCUGAUCGACCUGCGGAGGCACCUGGACACCCACAGUAGCGAUCCGGCCUACCGCUGCGAGUUUCUGGACUGCAGCUUCGCCACGCGCUCUCUGCACUCCAUCAAGUCGCACUACCGGAGAGUGCAUGAGGGAGAUCUGACGCCGCGGUACAAGUGCCACGUGUGUGAGAAGUGUUUCACCAGGGGGAACAACCUCACCUCCCACCUCCGGAAGAAACACCAGUUCAAAUGGCCGUCGGGGCAUCCCAGAUUCAGGUACAAGGAGCACGAGGACGGCUUCAUGCGCCUGCAGCUGAUCCGCUACGAGAGCGUGGAGCUGACCGAGCAGCUGAUGAAGGAGAGGCUGGCGGCGGGGGAGGGCGCGCGAGCGGACUGCCUGGAGCUGGGGCCGGAACCGGGGGAUGCCGGCGCCCCGGAUGGGUCCAACAAGGGAUCUGAGGGCGGGGAAGCGCCGGGGGUGAAGGUGGCAGGUGCGAGAGGGAUGGUGCUGGAGAACGGAGCAGGAGGAAGACCGGAUGACGGAGGGGCACAGGGGGAGGCGUUGAGUACCGUCAUCCGGGUGGAGAACAGGACCAACGAGAUGGGCGAGAGUGAAACGGUCUAUUACGUGCUGACCAGCAGCAGCAGCCCCUCGCAGGCCCCCGAGACGGAGGGGGCAGGGCGACGGGGCGAGGAGGACGGGGGCAGCGUCAUGCUGCAGCUGCAGGACACGGCGCAGCAUCUGGGCAUGGAGGUGGUGUAGCGGGCCCGGGGGGGGGAACAGGCUUCGCGUCAAACCUCCGGCACGGAGAGGAGCCGUCACGCGCUGCGCCGUGGGCGCUCCCACCGGACUCGGACAAGACGGGGACGGGGGGGGAGAACAGGAGGCAUCUCGCUUGUCCGCCAUGAUGCACAGGCCAUGUCUCUGGCCGGUUUAUUCGCUUUCGUUUGUGGGCUUUCCAGGAAGAGAUUCGCCUUUCAGUGAUGCUGGGGGCACAUUUUCAGGCAAGGAAUAUACAGGACGAUGCAGAAGUGCAUUGUUUUAAAGUGAAGCUGCAUGCUUGUUCUGGGUUUUCUUGUAAGUUGUAUGAGUUAUGAGCUUUUUAUUUUAUUUUUUUUACUUUUUACUUGGACUGGAUGUUAAUUUUGAUUUUUUUUUUCAGUUAUAUAAAGCUGUUUUUUUUUUUUAAAUUAAGGUCUUGAAUGUGAACAUCCUGACACACAAGGGUGAGUAGGAUGUGUGUCCAUAUCGGUACCAUAUUGCUCGGGACCACUUGUUGGUACUCUGACAAUCAGCCCCUGUGUUGGCUGGUAGAGUUAGUCUUGGUCUCCAGACAGUGUCACUGGGACCAAAGCAGCCCUGCUCAUGUCUCACAGCUGAGGACCCUGUGACCGCACACAGGGGGGAAAGUGUAGGCAGACCCCUCCCAGCCUCAUGCAAGUCACUUGUCUUAACACCUUGCAGGCUGCUCAGUACAGUCCCCUACUGGGGAAUCAUCACUUGACUGAUGGCUCUGCAUGCCUGCAAGCUCCCAGGUGGCCACAGGGGGCAGUGUCACCAAAAGCUGAGUAAUCCCACCCAUGGCUUUGACACUCGGCUGAUCCCGGUAGGUACCACCUAGUGACACGUCCCAGGUCGUAACCCCGCGAUCGUAGAGCCCAACCUGACCUGGGACCAGCCCCUCGGGAAGCCCCAAAGAACGUUUUUUGAUAAAAGCGAUUUGGAGUAUUAAGCAACUAUCCAUUAAAUCCAUCCUUCUGAAAAAUCCAUUGAAUGAGUUACUGUUAGUGGAAGUAGUUAGGGAAGUGGUGUUGCAGUGUUGAACAGUUAGGACUCAAGGUGGUGGGUUCAAAUCCCAGGUGAGACACUGCUGUUGUAUCCUUGAGCGAGAUCCUUCACCCAGAUUGCUCCAGGAACAUACCCAGCUGUAUAAAUGAUGACAAAUGUAAGUUGGCAUCAGCCCAGUAAAUAUAGAACAAUGACAACUGCCAUUAUACCACUGGCCAUACACUGGUGUAGAAUGAUGUUCCUGUUGAAUAGAAGGAGUUUUGGACUUUGGAAGUUGCUGUGUUUAUGUGAACAAUUUUUUUUAAUGUGCUUUCUACUGUACUGCCUGUGCUUCUUCAGGGAAGGAGAAUGAUAUAUUUUUUUUAUGUCUCUUUUGACAUAAACCUGCACAUUGUCAUUGAACUUGAAGUCUGCAUGGCAGUUUAACAGCGGCUACACACUAAGGCAGCUGUGUCCUUCGUACUCUGCAUCCCUGUGAAUCCUGAUUAGUGGUGGGUGAAACAGCUGCAUUUUCAUGGAGUUUCCUUACUGAUUUAUUUUUGCAUGCCAUUAGUGUUUCGGGGAAAAAAUAUAUAUUUUAUGCCACAUGAGUUUAGAAAUGUGAAAAGCUUAAGAUGAAAUUUGUAUAGGUUAUAUUACCCUUGGUUUUUAAUUAAAAAAAAAAAUCUUAUUAACCUGAAUGCAUAUUAAUUGUUGUCUUUCUGACAGUCUCUUGUAAAUUUCCUAUGAAAUUUCUAUUUGAGUUUUGGACUAAUGGAAAGCCCAAUGAUCUGCACUAUGGCUUGCAUUCCAGACUGCCUGACAUCCUGCGAACCAUUAGAGGGCACUAUUGUGCUGCAGCACUGUACCCUAUCACGAGUACUAAUAAAGCCAGGUCACUGGCUGGAUUCAGUAUGCAGUGGUAGUCAGGUUGCUGAAAAGAUGGAGAUUUCUUCUGUCUGGGUCAAGGAUUGCUAAAAUGCUUCAGUGUGCUUCCCCAAGAGGUUUAGAGUGGAUUAUGGGUGGGCAAUGAUUCCUUUAGUUUUAAUGGUCUUAUACCCAUGUCUUGACUUAUUAACAUAGUCCGUUCCUCGGACAUGAAGGUGCAAAUUUGUAAAACAAAAAUGCAAUUCCUAUUAGUUUUCAUGCACAGCUUUCUGAUUCUUUCCAGUGGCCUAGACAGUCGUCCAGUAUUAUUUUUAUCCUAACAGCACUGAAUUGUCAAAGUACUGCAAGAACACUAUUGUUAGUGCUUGUUUGUCCUGUUUGCCCUAAUACAGUAGGCAAGAGUAAUGUCUCCACUGUCUAAGCACACAGAUGCAUUGAGGACAUGUGGCGGGGGAGGUCUCGCUCUGAGGGUAUAGUGUCUUCCAUUUGGCUGUGAUGGACGUGCUGUUGUUGUAGCACAAAUUCUCUUUGCAGCUGCACCAAACGGGCGUCGCAGUGCGCUCUAGGCGGGUGUUUGUAAGUCGAGGGGCGGGUGGACAGUGAACGAGCUGCAGCCAGCAGGAAAAGCGGACCUGUAAAAACAGCAGCUCUGAUCCUCGGAGAGCCCCGCAAGUGAGCAGUGGUUGAGCGACACAUGACACCUGGGCCAGGAGCUUCUGUUUUCUUUUCUUUGCAAUGUAAAAUGUUGUUUUGCAACGCAGUAUUACUACAUAUAAAAUUGGUCAGUGUA